GUAAAGUGUUACCCUUUAUUUUGCGCAUGAAAACACCACAUACUCAAAACCUGGCAAGUACUUUUCUGUACAUAUCCACCAGAGGGAGCUUUGGACCACUAACAAAACAGAUGUAAUGCAUUCAAAUAGCCACACUUGUAGUAAGCCUGGCCAAGCCUGUUAAUGGCGUUAUUUGCCUGUUAUGGGCAUUAUGUAAAUACUCACCUACCGGUAGCUGCGCCACCUUUUCAGCCAAAGAGAGUGCUUGAAAGAUGAACUUCAAGAACUUAAGGGAGUACCUGUCCUGGCUGUACUACCAGUACCUGCUCAUCACUGGCAUCUAUGUCCUGGAGCCCUGGGAGAAGUCCAUCUUCAACUCCAUCCUCUUCUCCGCCAUCGCCAUGGUGAUCUACACCUCGUAUGUCUUUGUGCCCAUCCACAUGCGCCUCGCACUGGAGUUUUUCUCUAAGAUCAUCGGCGACCAGCCUGAGAGCACCGUGGCACUCAUGAACUAAAAGAUGGAGAGAAUAUGGAGGAAAAAGAGGCAGCAACUGGGUGGAUUAGCACCUCAGAUAAUCAAGACUGAAAAUAUGAAGAUCUUAAUGAAAUGAUCUGGAAAUCAGAGCCUUACUAUCUUCUUUACAUCCCAAGCCCUCUGGUGUUACCCCAUGGUAUUAGACACACAACUCUACAUUACUUUCACCCCCUCGCUGUGAAACGUCUUGUGAAAUGUUGAUUGUCCUAUUUGUUUUUGUCUUUCUCACCAUACGUCCUGCGUGAGUGCAUACCACCUCUGGGUUUUGCAUGAUAGGGUUAUACAUGGGUAGUACAUAGUACUCGUCUCACUACAAAAUACUAGACUCUCUUCUUUACAUCAUGACUUUUAUGCUACAGUCCCACUUCCAUAAAAAAGAAACAUGUUAGAGACAGAUUAAAAAGUGUUUGUAAUCAGAGCAGCAGAGGCGGAGAUAUCCUGACUUUUAGUCUCAAGUCAAAACCCUGAAACACCCUAUUUCCCCAUAAAAUAACUCAAUAGGGUAUUUUCGUAGACCCUCCAUGACUGGUUAACACCCACACCUUUAAACCACCCCAAGCCAUUUACUAUGUAGUGCACAAAAUUCUCUUGUCGUUUUAUAGUGUCUAAAUUUGGAGUGUGAAAUUGAUGCAAUGUUUAAUGCCCUCAAACGUGCCAACAAUAGAGCAAAAAGAGUUGUGUUCUAGGACACUAUUUUCUGCCAUAAAUCCCAUAGAGCAAUCAUUGCAUUUUAUAGAUGCAAAAUGAUUCAUAAGUGUCUGAAUUCUAAACGUACUGCUCACUACAGAGUGAAGUGGUGAGCGAGGGAGUGCAUGGCUUAUACACAGCCUUAGGAAAGCUCCUUUCAGAGCCACAGAAUACAUCCAGCUGUUUUUACAGGCUGAGUAGGACUCUGGGACAAGUAAACUGAACUUGAUGUGUAAAACUGGUGGAGUUCCCCUUUAAGUAUGUGUUUAUCUGCUGCAUGUUCGACGCCAUGUUAUCACCGAUUGGGAAUUGCUCUCUGAUAAAACUGGGGAGUUAGAACUCAUUCCAUGAUUUUUUGACAUAUUACUGGUUGAUCUUUGGUUUUGUAUCAGAACCAUUAUCACCUUUUUAGUUGUCUGCAUGCACUGGGAUACUAACUGACAGGGUAAAGUGCACAUUUUCAGAAGUCAAGAGAGAGUAGAUAGAAAAGCCCAAGCUGUGCAAUGACUCUAAAAGUGUCACAAUCUGUUACACAGUUGAGGAAUUUACAGAUUUACUGGUCUGUGAAUUAUAAAACAAAUAACGCAAC